UGGACAGAGGUGAACACAUAGUACUGGAGCUGGUUCUCCAACUGAUUGGGAUUUGCUUUUCGACUUGGAACGACCCUGCAGGCCAGGGGUGCAGUGGCCUUUCUGUGGGAUUUCUACCUGCUGAGCUUGUUUUUUCAUUAUUCAUUGCUUACCUGCUGCUGGCAGCGCAGGUCUAACCAGGGCAGGACUUCCCGAAAGAGAUUUAACCCAGAGGAACCGGAUUCACUCUGUGGACUCAGAGGUCAUCCCACUGACCAACUGUGAGGCCAUGUACCAGGCAGCUGUCUCCAAGCGAGCAGACAACAACAUCCCAAGCGGGGUCAUGGAGGAGUCGGAGGUCUGUUCCCUGCCUGGGGGACUUGCCAGUGUGAGGAAGCAAUUUGAGGUCCAGGAAACUGCAUCUUCACACAAUGUUACCCAGUUCCACUUUCAUCACAGAACCAUGCAGGAAAUGUCAAACUCUGAGGUGACAGUGUCAAGCAGCAGCAGGCAGGUCCUCCCAGGCAGUCAACAGCUCAAUGUCAACCAAGACACCAUGAUCACAUACAGCAACAAUAACUUGGAAUCCAGUUAUGAAAACCAUCAAGAUGAAACAGAAGAGGACUUUCCAAGGUACUCUACAAAAGAACUAAGGGAUCGCUUUGAAAGAACGAUAGAGGAGGCUGCUACACACAAACCAAUUAAGAUUGAGCAUGACAUCAAUCGAUCUAAGUGGUCCUCAAACGUCACACAAAACACCACAAUGACUAGUGAGGUGUGUGAAGCAUCUGCUAUUGAGGCAACAGACAAUACAUCGGCUGUAGUUAUGGAUUACGAGGACUUUCCACCCCCACCAAUUGAGGAUUCUGACUAUCUUCCACCCCCGCCUCCAGACUUACUACAAAUGCCAUCAGAGAGUCCAAACAUUCAAGUAUGCCAUUACUCACCUGAGCCGCCAGAACCAGCAAACCCCUCCAAGUACCCACUCAACAGAGAGGCUUUAUUCAAGCAGAGGAGUAUGCAUGAGCUUAAACGCCUCUACAAGCAUAUUCAUCCUGAGGUCAGAAAGAACAUUGAGAAGGAAUAUUAUAGUGAUUACGAGGAAACUGAGAACAACCACUUAGAGGGCCAAGAGUAUAUGUAUGAGGACGAAGGUGGUAGUCCAGAUGAUGUCAACGAUGAAGAAUAUGGGGAAUGGGAAGAGAUUCUUCCCGGGGAGGUGCAGGCCAUGCGUUGGAUGUUUGAAAAUAAGCCACUGGAUACCAUAAAAGAUGAAACUCUGGAUGAGGAUGAUGAAGAAAACAACAUAGGUCAACAGGAGAUGAUUCUUGGAAAAGAUGUGCGACGUACAGCUUGGAUGUUUGAGACCAAACCAAUGGAUGAGCUGAGUUCGCACGAUAUCAACUCAACUGAAUAUAAAAACAAAUUCAACAAAUUAGACAAAGGAGAUGUUCGUGCUGCGGCCUGGUUGUUUGAAACUCAGACAAUGGACACUCUAAAUAAAUUGCAUAAGGAGGAGGAUUUAACAAAAGAGAUUGUCUUCACAGAAGAAGAUGGAAAUGCUACCAUUUACAUGAUCGACGAUAAGUACAUGGCAAGCCUUGGACACACGGAGACCAUUGAUGAGAGCCACAUGCUGAGUCUGAGGUCUGUAUUAGAGGAAAUUAAUGAUGAAGUGAAAACUGUUACAAGCACUUUUGACACUCAGUUUAAAUGCAUCAUCAUGGGACAAUCAAGCCAAAUGCUGGAGGUCAAGUCUGUGCGUAAAAUUGAAACUGAAUUAGAAAACUCUAUUGCCUCACGUUGGCUUUUCGAUACCCAACCCUUGGACAUGACAAACAGAGAACCUUCAGCUUUAAAGAUUGUGUGCAGUCUUUCCAUGGAGGAUAGCAAUAAGGGAGUCUGGGGUAGGUGGCUGUUUGAGAUAAAAACAUUGAAUUCUCUCAGUGAGUGGGAAAGUUCCAAAAUUGAGAACAAAGAGAUCAUCCGAGCUGAUGUGCGCAAACACUGCUUAGUGUUUGAAACCCAGCCAAUGGAUUCUUUGAAGGAUGACUCCAAUGCUAGACCCCAGUCUCUUGAAGAGAUUAUAGGGGGCAAUGUUAGAUCUGCCAGGCAUUUUUUUGAAAGCAGCCCUCAAGCAGUGAGAAAGACUGGGCCUGAGGUCGGAAAACUUCAAAAGGCAACAGUAAAUGAAGAAGUGAAAGGGGAUGUGAGACACCAAAAAUGGCGCUUUGAGAGCCAGCCUCUAGAGCAUAUAAGAGAGCAGAAGAAAGAGGUUACUCGCACUGUGAACAUUGAAAGUGACCUCACACAGGAGGAUGGGACAAGCUGCAGGGCAGAUGUUCGCAAGAACUGCUGGGUAUUUGAAACCCAGCCAAUGGACACUUUAAAAGACGAUUCAAACGCACAGCCCCUGACAAAAGAAGACAUUAUUGCAGGUAAUGUGAGAUCAGCUAGACAUUAUUUCGAAACAAAUCCAUCCGAGGAGUUGAAGGAGCUUGCAGAGGUGGGCAAACUGAAAAAAGGAGUAGCACUUAAUGAGGAGAGGGGUGAUGUUAGACAUCAGAAAUGGAGAUUUGAAAGCCAACCCCUUGAGCAGAUAAGAGAGGAAAGGAAGGAAGUCAUGAGAACGAUUGACAUGGAAGAAAUUGAUAAAGUGGAUGUCUUGAACUACAAGCAAAUCUUUGAAAGCACAGAUUGUAACUGGAGAGAUGAAUCUCAAAAGAUUAUGAUCGAGGGUGUGACUUCAGGUUCUGUAAAGUCCAAUAAAAAUCUGUUUGAGUCGACUCCUAUGUAUGCUAUGCAAGACAGCUCAGGGCACUUCCAUGAGGUGAAGACAGUGCGGCGUGAAGAGGUUGUGAAAGGAGAUGUAACAACAUGCAAGUGGAUGUUUGAAACACGCCCAAUUGACCAAUUUGACGAAACCAUUGAUAAAUUCCAAAUUAUCAAAGGUAUAUCGAAACAAGAAAUAGAGUCUGGGGAUGUUAAAACAGCCAAGUGGUUGUUUGAAACACAGCCGCUUGAUGCUAUUAAGUAUUUCAGCAAUAUUGAAGAUGAAGAAGUUGUGGGGACAAGUUCAAAACAAGACAUCAUGAAGGGCGACGUGAAAACCUGCAAGUGGCUAUUUGAGACAAAACCAAUGGACAUCUUGUAUGAAAGAGUGGAGUCAAAAGCUGAGCAGGAAUCUGACGAAGUGCAAAAGGGAGAUGUGAAAACGUGCACAUGGCUUUUUGAGACGCAAGCACUUGAUACUAUCCAUGAUGAGACAGGGACUGUUCUGAAAACAAGCAGUGUGAAUCAGGAGGACAUUCGAGGAAAAGAUGUAAGAACGGCUUGUUUUCUCUUUGAGACAGAGAAACUGGAGAAUCUUACUGGGGAGGAGACAAACUCUUUCAAACGUGUCACUGAGAUCGACUUUGCAUCAGGAGAUGUGUCAAAGAUGAAGUACAUUUUUGAGAAUCAAACAUCCGAUAUUCUGACUUCUACCUCUGAAGAAGUUAGGCAAAAGCUCAAGCGAGUUCAAACUGAGGACAUACAAAAAGGAAACGUAGUGAACUGCAAGUGGCUAUUUGAAAACCAAUCGAUAGAUACAAUACAUGAUAGCCAAGAAGAAUCGAUGAGCGGACGUACCAUACAUGAUGUGCAAGGAGGGGAUGUUGAUAAGGGCCGUUUUAUUUUUGAAACCUGCUCCUUGGAUACAAUUCAUGAGGGGUCCUCUGAGAUGAACUCAGAGCUGUCGAUGAGGCAAAAGAUUUUCAGAGAUGAAGAUGAGAAGGGUGAUGUGAGAAAUUACACUAUGAUGUUUGAAAAUCAGCCCCUCUAUGCCAUUCAGGACAAAGAGGGCCUUUAUCACGAGGUCACCACUGUCACCAGUGAGGAGGUUACAAGAGGUGAUGUCGUUGGAACUCGAUGGUUGUUUGAAACAAAGCCCCUUGAUGCCAUUAAGGACAUGGAUGAGGUUUAUAUAAUUAAAUCUGUCACACAACAGGAUGUGCAAAAAGGAGAUGUCACCUCUGCCAAGUGGAGAUUUGAGACACAGCCUCUUGAUAGGAUAGCUGAGGAAAAGAAGGCUUUGAUAAAAACUGUGGAUGAUAUUCAAGGAGGCAAUGUCAGACUGAACAAAAAUCGUUUUGAGUCUGAUGCCCUGUCUCAAGAAUCUGUAAGAACAGUUAAUGUGAGUGAAAUACAAAAAGGAGAUGUAAGGACUGCCAAAUGGAGGUUUGAAACCCAGUCAAUGGACAAAAUAAGAAGCAUGAGCUCUGAAAAUCUAAUUGAAACCGUUAAAAAAGAGGAUGUUUCAAAGGGAGACGUUAAGCAUUCAGUAUGGCUCUUUGAGAAAAAUCCUCUUGACCAUAUUAAAGAGGUAGAUGAGCAUGAAGAUCAUCCAACCAUCACUCAAGAAGAGAUAUCUAAUGCGGAUGUAAAGACAACAACUUGGCUCUUUGAAACGACCCCAUUCGACAACUUUAAUGAGACGAAGAUGGAGAAGACUGAAAUCCUGGGCAAGAGCAUUAAGGGAACUCUUGAGGAACUUUACAGCCAGAAAAUGGUCAAGUCAGAGGGAGUUCUCAUUGAAGCUGAUGAAAUUGGAGACGUUAGGAUGGCCAAGUACCAGCUAAUGAACAAGCAGUCUCCAGAGAUUGAGCGAGAGGAAGUUAUCAGGGGAGAUCUGCAGACUAUUAUGAUAAACCUACUAAACAGACAGGAAAGACAAGAGCAGCAGAUUGUCAUAGAUUCAGAAGAGAAGGGUAACAUCAGUUCAACAGUGCACCAACUAUUCAACCAAGAGAGAGACAGCUGUGUUGAGAGGGAGGAAAUAUUACGAGGUGACAUUCAGGAAGCUAUUAACAACCUUUUCAAUGAGGGUGGGUUGGCAAAACAUGGACUACUCAUCCAGGAGGAUGAGAAAGGAGAUGUGCAGAUGACAAUAUAUUCCCUUCUUAAUAAACAAGAAAACACAAGUGUUGAGAAGGAGAGCAUUGUAAGAGGGGAUAUAAAGAGUGCUCUUCAAAACUUGGCCAGUGCAGACAAGGCAGAUCAGGCAGUGAAGAUAAAGGUAGAUGACACUGAAAGAGGGAAUGUCAAUUUUUACUCAACCUGCAUUGAAUCUGGAGCUCUAGAUUAUCUGAAACAGCUUCAUUUAGGACCUGGUGAGACUCAAUCCGAGACAGCAGAAAAAGAGAAGAUCCUUGGGGGUGAUAUCAAGAGUACAAAACUCAUCCUUGGCCAAAAUCAAACGCAAAUUGAGCGUACAAUUGAGGAUAUUGUACCCGGAGAUGUUCACAACACGGUGAAAGUUUUCAUGUCAGAGCCAACUGUCUCAUUGGAAAGACUCCAAAAGGAGGAGAUAGUCAAAGGUGAUUUAAGAGCUGCUUUGAAUUCAUUGUCUGUCUCGGCAAAUCAGACAGUUGUUGUAGAGAAAGAGGAAGUGGUGAAAGGCAACAUACCCAAAGCCCUGCGGUGCCUGGAGAGGGCUCAAAAUCGGUACAAGGAGUUGGAGAAGCCAGAUAUCAUACCAGGAAAUAUCAAAGGGGCUCUGAGAUCUCUUGAGAAAUCAGCAACAUCCAAAGUAGAAGCUGCUGUUGAUGAUUUAGUUUCUGGGGAUGUGAAGGCAACUCUUAAAUCAUUGGAGCAGGCGAAGCGAGCUGUGAAGGAAGUUGAAAAAGAAGAAAUUGUGAGGGGUGAUAUUCGUAUAGCAAUGCAAAGUCUACACGAUGCCUCCAGUGAGAGGAAGAUGGGUCAACAAGAAUUAGACGUUCAGGGAGACGUCCGAGGAAAGAUUCAGCUCUUGAUGGAGUCUCCUUCUUCACCAAGGAUGCAAAGGAGCCCAAGCCUUGAGGGUGACGUGAAGGGAGAUGUAAAGAUGUCAAUCAAGUCAUUAUAUGAGACUCAGGAACAAACCCAGCUGGGGAAGGAAGAGGUGAUAAAGGGUGAUGUAAAAGGCACUAUUAAAUCCUUGUUGGAAACAGCACAGCGUGAAACUCCCAAAGUCAGACUUGGAGCAUACAGAAGAGUCAGAGUCAAGCAGAGCCCUCCAGUUAAAAACCUACAGGAUGAUGCACAACGGAACAUACAAAAGAUAAAAACAGCCAAUUUGGUUGAAACAUCAAAAGCAAGCCAAUCCAUCUCAAAUGAAAGUGAAAUAAUUAGAACAAAGUCAAGUUCUGUGGAGCAGUCUGCUCAAAAAUCCACAACGGUGGUGCAGCAUAAAAUGAUUACCCAAAACCACGGCAUCAAGACAUUAAAGACAGAGUUCCGUAAUCUAAAGUCGAAUCCAAAAGGAAUGCUUAGAGUAGAUCAAACUAAAGUAACAACUGAUGUUUUAAUGCUAGGACCACAGGCACCAGAGCCUGAUCUGCCUCUCCCACCUCCUCCUCCUCCUCCUACCUCUGUUGUUUCUGACAUUGACCACCUUCCUCCUCCACCACCUCCACUCACCAGUGAACAGGACUUCCUCCCACCUCCUCCAUCUCAACAGGAACUGGAAAGUAUGCCAGCACAUGGAAUUCAUCCUUCACCAGCUAAAGCAAAAAAGAUGACUGUGAAAAAAGUGAAAGCUCCCAUUGUACAUCCGGUCCCGAAGCUUGAGCCUAAAGUAGAAUUAAGUGAAGCCAAACAAGUGGCGGUCAAAACAGAGAAAGUAGUAGAAAUGAGCCAAAACCAAACAAAAACAACAAUACAAACAUCAAAAACAGUGUCCCGUGAAAUCCCUCCUCCACCUGCAUCUCCACAACCACUCAAGAAAGUCUACGUCUCUCCAGUAAGAUUCACCCCUCCACCCUCUCCUCCACCUUUCAUGAGAGGGAAUAUGAGUAAAUUUAACACAGCAUUAAUAAAAUCAGAAGAAAAGUACCGAAAGCUGAAGGAGGAAAACACCCCCCCAACCACUCCAACACCCACUUUCAUCCAUGACUCAGUUACAGCUGCUUUUGAAAUGCUUUCCAACAAAGAGACAGAGCAGUUAAAUAACAACAAAUCACAAAUCAAACCUCAAAGAGCUGAAAAUAUGUCAUCGAGUGUUCGCUCAGAUUCCAAAUCCAGUGAUCUAUCUUUGGUCUCAAAUACUACCCAAAGCAAUUUCAGUUCUAGUCAUGAAAACAUCCUCUCAGAUUCAACAAUUAUAUCUUCUGCCAAACAGCAAGUUGUCUCUAAUGAGACUUCUAAGGUUGUCUCCUUUCAGAAGACCUCGUCCGUCUCAGCUGUUAGACAGCAGAUGCAUACAACCUCACAGAAAACAGUUUCUGUUUCCUCCACACAGUCUGCUCAGUCUGUCAUGGCUGACCAAGCCCCCGCCUCAAUUACUGAAGUUGCAAAAACAGAAAACAUGCUGGCUGAAAGAAAGAUGGAUCCUAAAAAUCUGAAAACAAAGGGCUCUGACAAAUAUGAAGAUCAAAACAAAGAUACAACACGUGCUGAGAACGUCCCUAUUAAAAUAGCAAAAUCACAGUCUGACAACAAGCAGACAAGAGAUAAUUCAACACCAGAAUUACCCAAUGAUCUUCCCAUUCAGGCAGACAAAAAAGUAAAGGAGUCCAAAUCACCACAGCGCGAUAACAAGAAGAAAACUGAUCAUUCCCCUACCAAGAUCAAAGAGACAGUUUCAGAUCUACCAGUGCAGAAGGAAAAGGCAGCUUCCAAUAUGAAUGGAAAAAAUGGAAAACCCAACCAAAAAGGGAAAAAGAACAAUAAGCAAGAAAAGCAAGUUGAGGUAAAAACAUCCAAUGAGACUGAGAAAAAAAGUGUUUCACAAGAAGUCAAGGUGGAACUGAAGGAAGCUACUGAGGUGAAAGUGAUAAGCGAACCUAAAGAAGUAAGUGCAGAGUUAAAGCAGGGGAUUGCAAAGGUUGCUCCCUCUCUUGCUGCUGCCUCCAUGCCUGCUGUUAAUGUUUGCUUAACUGACACCCAAACAGAAAGUCCAACUCCAUCCAAGAAGAAAAAGAAGUCCAAGAAAUCAAGACAGCAACAUGUGGAAGUUAAAGAGACCAAGACAGCAUUAUCUGAAAAAGUCGAACAAACUCAGGUGACAAUUGCGGCCACCCAAACUCACAAAACUGUAAAUGAAGAGCAUAUUGAAGUUAUUACAACAGAAAGUAAAGAUGAUCAGGACUUCCAGCAACCAAAAGCAGUUCAAAAGAAUGGGAAGGGACCUCAAAAGAAGAAAGGGCAGACAGUUAUUCAGCAAAGUGUAGUGGAACCAGCAGAAAAAAACAAGGAUGCCCCAAUUUCAGUGACAUCCAAGUCGCAACAACAUGAACCUGGAAAGUCAAAAGCCAAGAUAACAGAGGAAUCUCAGAGGCGAGACGGCCAAGUGUUAAUUUCUCAAAUUACAGAAAUACAAAGCGUCUCUGAAAAGAAUUCUAAAACUCUGACAACUCGGUUUGAUACAGAUCCAGAUUGGCUCAUGAGACAGAGGGAAGAUAGUGAGACAAUGGAAAAGCAUGAAUGUGAGUCAGUGUCUGAGAAAUCGACUUCUGGCAGUGCCACACCAAGAAUAUCCAAGAUCAGUAUUGGUUCUGCCAAAAUCGAAAACCAAACAAAGAAAAAUACCUCCCAAGAGAGAAGGAAAGAAGACGUGACUCAGUUCAAGUCUGUCGACCUUCGGGCUCCUUCGCCGUUGCUGAGAAUGCGUUCUCCGUCGCCAACAUUUAUCACAAUUGAAUCCACACGGAGGACUGACUCGCCCCAGAGAGUAACUCCAUCACCAACCCUGUUGCACAGGCCACCAACACCUCCCACCCCACCACCACGCAGGUGUGAAACCCCCACAAUGCGCCUCACUAGAAUCACACCUUCUCCAACUUUUGACCGAGCAGAAAAUUUGACUCGACUUAAAGACACAACGGCAAAGCUCUCCCGUGGUGUAACCCCACCGCCCAUGCUUCCCCAACAAAUCACAGACAAGAAAUCGGAGAUUGUGGAAUCGCCUGCAUCAUUCCACCGGCAAAUCAAGAUUGAUUCCCAUCUUUUGGAGGCUUCAGGGACAUGGACUGCGACAGAGAAACCCAUAAAGAGUUUAUCCGAUGGGGCUCAGGGGGCUGAUGCAAAUUUGGAACGCUUUUCAGAAAAUGAAGCAAAUAUUUCAGAAGGUUUGAAAGCAAAUGAAAUGCAAAGUAAGUCUGAGUCCCACAUGCCAAUGUGUCAAAAUGACCCAGAUCUUGGUGAAGAUUCUGAUAAUUCAGAGCCAUCAACUGCAUCUUUCAAAGAAAAGAAAUGCUUUUUUGAAGAGGCUCAAAAGGCUGAAAUUAAUAAGACCUAUAUGCGGAAAGAGCCCAUUGCUAUCCCUGAAAGAUUGGGCUCAGACGUGGAGGACAGUGAGGAGGAAAAUAAAAACAAAGAAAAGGAAGAGCUUCCCAGGGCAGACUUGUCUAAUCUUGUACACAAAUUUGAAUCACCUGAAGAAAAAUCGCAUAGCAGAAAAGAGCUUACCCCACUUACAGAGCAGCUGCACAAUUACACAGAAAGCACAGAAGAGCAAAUAGACAUUCUGGAACAGGAAAUGCCAACUUUUGACAUCCAUGCUAUCAAAAAUGUUUUUGAACUGGUUGAGCAAAGUUCCUCAAUCGGAAAGGAGAAAAAGGAUUGGGAGGAGUCUGUGUCAAGCCUGGGUAAAACAAAAGCAGACACUUCAAAGCGGGAAAGUCCUCAAGAGACAAAGGGAGGCUCACGGCACAGCACCCCCCUCCCUCAGUUGAAAAAUGAGCUGGAAAGUGUGCCAGCUAAACCAGAAGCCUUCUCUGAAACCAAAUCAAUCACAGAACAUUUCUCAAAUCUCGAUGAGUUUGGUAACAAGGUCACUGGAACAAGGACCGCUGUCACUGAGCACUCUGAGAGUGUGUCAACUGAACACACUCCUUUUUCAUAUGCUGAUGCAGUAAGAAGGAAAGCAGCCGCAGUGAGGCGAACAGAGACUUACGAUGAGGAUGCUACUGAGAAUUUGCUGAGAAAUUUCCACAAAACGUGGACAGAGAGUGAGACCGUUUUCAAGAGUCUUGGCUACACUGUUGCUGAGGAGACGACAUCGCAAGUUGUGUCGCAGCAGACACAGAUUGUCUCAUCUGGUUCGAGUUCCGAAGUCGGAGCUAUGCACAGUUUGCUGGAGGAGAGCUUAUCCGAUGGAUGCUCUUAUAGUGGACAAAAAGAAAUACCAUAAAUCCUGUUUCUGCUGUGAGCACUGCAGAAAUAAAUUAAGCCUAGGAAAUUACAUCUCUCUCCAUGGACAUCUCUACUGUCUACCCCAUUACAAACAACUCCUUAAGUCCCAUGGAAACUACGAUAAUGGACUUGGGCAGAAACCUCCCACAGGAAGCGUUGGUCCUAUCCCCUCAGAUGAGAAACUUGAAUGGAGAUAUUCCAUGAGCAGCCGAAAUUCAAUAGACAAAACACACGUGAGUGAAAACGAAGUGACAAAAACGUGCGAUGAAAGCAAACCACUCUUCAACAGAAUAUCUGUAGUUUGGCCCCCACAGGCUGAUCCCCAAAAGAAAGCUUUUAAGAUAGAGGAAGACAUUCAGCUAACCAAACCACAGUGGCCCCCUCCUGACAACUCCCCAACGUCAGCCAAACACCAACACAGAAAGGCUGUUCCCAAAAGUGUCCUUUGAAAUAAAGUCACCCAACCACAGUUCAGUCAAAUAAAUCCAGAGAGGAAGCACAAAAGAAAGGAUGGUACGAUAAGAGAGAAAGAACUGUCCAGCCAGUACUGUUAAGAAAGUGAUUAAAGGUCAUGCAGAUAAGUGAUUUAAAAUGGAACGUGUAAAGUUAGGAUAUGAAAGGAAACUGUGUAUAUAUUUUAGAUGGUGUGCAAGUGAUAAAGCAGGUUGUAACGUUGAUGGUAAGUGAAAUAGAGAUAGAUAUGGAAAAGGUUUAGAAAGUGAACAUGGACAUGAAGCAGUAUGCCUUGAUCUGACAGGUUUUUUCUCACGUGUAUUUGUUUGAUUGAAUUUCCUUAUUUUUUAACCAGAUGUUCAGCAGUCCCUAUGACAUGUUCUUUUU